AUGCAGACCAGCGACCACAUUCCCGUGGACGACACCAGAGAUGAUGACCCGUACGGUGACAGCCAUGUGGACUCCGCGACCACAUCGCUCAAGUCCUCCAUCAUGAACUACCACUACGAAAACGGCAGAAGAUACAGCGCCUACAAGCAGGGCCAGUACUGGGGUCCCAACGACGAGCAACAAGCCGACCAGCUCGACAUCUGCCACCACAUCUGCAACCUGACCUUGAACGGCCGCCUCCACCUCGCCCCCAUCGGCCCAACCCCCCGCCGCGUCCUCGACGUCGGCACCGGCACCGGCCUGUGGGCCGUCGACUUCGCCGACCAGCACCCCUCCGCCGACGUCAUCGGCACCGACCUCUCGCCCGUGCAGCUGCCGCCCGCCGUGCCGCCCAACCUCCGCUUCGAGAUCGACGACUGCACCCAGCCGUGGACCUUCGCCCCGGCCUCGCUCGACUUCAUCCACAUCCGCUCGCUGUACGGCAGCGUCGCCGACUGGCCCGCCUUCUACCACGAAUGCUUCAAAGCCCUCGCCCCCGGCGGCUUCGUCGAACAAGUCGAAAUGUCCGUCGUCCCCAAGUCGGACGACGCCAGCGUCGCGCCCGACAGCGUCUUCGCCCGCUGGGGCCAGGUGUCGCUCGCCGCCGGCGACGCCUUCGGCAAGAGCCUGCGCACCGUCGACGAGUCCAAGCAGGGCCUCGUCGACGCGGGCUUCGUCGACGUGGUGGAGAGGAGGUUCAAGUGGCCGAUCGGCGGCUGGCCCAAGGACGAGAGGAUGAGGGAGAUUGGCGAGUUCAAUCGGCUGCACUGGGAACGGGGCAUAGAGGGCUGGUGCAUGUUCUUGCUGACGAAUUACCUGGGUUGGACCAAGGACGAGGUUAUGGUGUACUUGGAUCAGAUGCGGGCGAUGCUGAGGGACAAGAAGGUGCACGCGUAUCAGGAUUUAUCGGUGGUGUAUGGUCGCAAGCCACUGGGGGCGAGUCCGUGA